AUGAAUCAAGAACCCCAUUCUCCAACUCUCCUCGACGACAAUUACGACGAGGAGGUCGUACGUUUGUAUCCUUCGGGAAGCGUGUCAUCAUUUUCAGAGAUUUUAGAUAACAAUAUUCAAAUGGAUACUAUGGACAGUGAUCAAAUAGCUCCUAUUAGCGGUGGGGCUCCGUCCGAAAAUGACGAAACUUUCCACAGUUCGAAUAAUUUAAAUGAUUUAAACAAUUUAAAUCUCGAUUUAAACGUUUUAAAUAGUUCAAGCAGUUCAGACAGUUCAGAUAACAGUUCGCAUCAUAAUCCAGUGAAAAAUCCCGUCCGUCAAAACAUCGUUCAAGGAAAUUUGUCAGAAUUCAUCGAGUCACUCAUAGAUACCCUCGUAAGCGAGAACACGGAGAUCGCGACUAUCAUCGAUAUGAUACGUAAAAAGUUGUCGCGUGAAGAGUACAUCAAGUGGCUGUCGCUAACCUAUAUGUUGGCAUCAGUGCAUCCGUAUAAAAACGAAGCUCGCAUUUCGCCCAUUUUUCCGGGUACAAAUACAUUCGUCCGGGCCAUCCGUAUGGUGCUCGGUCCCCGCGGCAUGGUGCACGGUUGGACCGGAAAAUUGCCCGAUUUGAACAGAGAGAUACAGAUAGACGAAAACAUCAAUUGCGUGUGGCCCAAACGAUGGGCUCCGCACAGUGACAGUGACGGGAACAGUUCGUUUCGAUCGGACUCUUCCGGUGAGGAGUGUUUCGCCAAUCGCUCCGGUGCUGCCUGGUGCAACGGACCGCGUGGAGUCGCCGACGGUAGGCUACCGAUAACCGAAACCACCAUGGUCAGCGAAACAUCCAGUUGUUUGAGUGAAGACUCGAUGCCGGAGAGUCGACUGGACAUCUAUCCCUUAAAAGGCUGCAGAAGUCCGGAUCAGGUCCAAAAGUUGAAGCGACUCGACAAUUACUUGCAGCAGAGCAAUCACGAGCGAAUCCAUCGCCGAGAAAUUCGACGAGCGAGACGCAUACAACGUAGCCGCUACGAUCAUCAACGCCGACUUAUGGAUCCCGCGUACGACCUGGAAGUAAAGCGCGCUGUGAUUAUAGAGGCUGAUCGAAUAAGGCAUGAGCGUGAAGCCCUGGACAAAAAGGCGGCCGAAGAAAAAAUCAUCCAAAGCAAUUUCAGAAAAAAAUACCGCGAGUCCCGUCGAAACCGUUUCAAGCCUCAAAAUUCGCCAAAGAAACCGAUUCCUACGUCUCAUCUGUGUGAAUCAUUCUGUCCCAUUUUCGACCUAAGAACUGCAAUUGGUAUACAAGUGUGCGAAACAUGGACGAAAUUAUACGGCAGAUUUAUCGAAACAGCCGAAGAACCGAUGACAUUUCAUUGCUGGGUGACGCCUGUCCGAUGGGUUAAACAAGAAGGUCCCAAGUGAGUUUUUUAUUUACAUUAUAAUUUUAUUAUGGAUAUGUUUAUAUAUUUGUUUACAUUAUAAUUAGUUCACGGAACUUAAUGGCUUAAAAAUGCUUAGCAAAAAAAACUGUAUAAAAUGUCUUUUAUUGUAAAACCAUCGUUUUACUUUUGGUUUUACUCCUAUAAAAAAAAAAACACCCUGAAUAAGAAAAAUGGCAAUAAAAUGAACGUAAAAUUAACUUUCGCAUAUAAUAUAGUAGAUAUAAAAAUCAAAUUUCUUAAAAAUCUAUUUUAAUAUUAUACUAUUAUUAAAUAAUUUUUUAUCUAAUUUAAAUAUUUUGAAUAACCUAAUUUUUAAGUUUAAAGAUGCAUUAAAAAUUAAUAAAGUUACUUAAAGCUAUACUAAAUAAAAUGUUUAUCAUACAUCUCUGUAAUAGGUAACGAAUCAAAUAUUUGUAGAAACGAGCAACGGGAUUAUUAAAGCAGAAAAAAUAAUGCAACUGUAUAAUUAAACUCUAUUUAUGUAUUUGAUAAUAAAUGUAUACUUAAGUAGUUGCAUAUAUAGAAUUUUGCGAAAGAAGAAAAUAUUGAAUUUGAAAAUCGUGUCAUAUAUAUAUAGUAGUAUAGUAUAAUAUGUAACCAAGGCUAAAAAGAGCUGAUACUGAGGACGGGUACGGCCAUUGUAGGUGUAUAGUGGAGAAGGUGGGAUACAUAAAGUUGUUUAAUUUUUAUCUGUAACCAGCGAUAAACCUGAGUAGAGUUCUGAGUACAUAUUUUAAAAGGCCGUAAUAUUUACGAAUUUCAUUAAAAUUUGCUAUUCAAAUUCUUAAAAAAAAUAAAAAAUAUUACAUCAAACUAAUUUUUUUUUUCAUCAAUAAUGACGACUUAUAAUGAACCUUUUUUUAAAAUUUCAAGAAUUUAUAUUAAGUCUUAACAAUUUGUCUACAUAGUACCGAAUUAAUAUUACGUACAAAUAAACUCACAAAAUCAAAAUGUCUAUAAAUAGUUAAACAAUUUCUCAAAUGUUCUGAAAAUUUUACAACGUCUGGAAGUAGUAAAUAUAAGUUCCUGGUUAAUAUUUUAAAUAUCUACGAAUACUUUAAACUGAACGUUAAAAAAACAAAAUUUAAAAUAAUAAAAGAAAAUUUUCCACUUCUUUUUUUUUUUUACAUAUUUUUCAUUUAUGUUCAAUUACUAAAAAAAAUACAGAGAAAAUAAAAACGAAUAAUUUACUCAUACACUAGAUUAAAGAUGCAACAAAAAUGGUCUCUUGUCAUUUUUCAAUUGAAAAUUACUACUAUGUCUGAUAUAAAACAUCGUGUAAGCAUAAUAAAAACAAUGGAAACAGUAACGCCGCCGCGGCAUGUCUUAAACAUUUGCCGUUUUACCUAUAAUUUUUUUAAUUUUUUUUUUCCAAUUAUUUCAAAACAAAAUUAUUGAAAAAUCAAAAAAUGACCUAUGUACCAACUAGAGAAAAUUAACUGUCAGAAAAGGUUCUAUAGUCUAUACUUCAGUGUAAGUUUUCUGGUAGAAAGUUAUUUACAUAAAAAAAAAUACACACAUCAUAGUAAAAACAAUAACCAAAACUCGCUACGCUCCGAAUGUAAAAAUACAAUUUUUGUACAUAAUUAAUAAUUUAAUUUGUCCAAAUGAUAUAGUUAAAAUCAAAUAUUUAUAGAUAUACCUAGGUAAGUAAGUGUUAUUAAUUAAUUUACUACAGUAAAACUUCCAUAUAACGGUCACCGAAGGGACCGGAAAUAAUGACCGCUAUUUAGAGGUGACUGUUUCACUGUUUCAGCGAAAGUUUCACUAUAUUAAGGUUUAAAGUAUUAGUCUACUCUGCUUCGUAUUACCUAUAGCAGUUCAAAUAUAAAUUUCGUUUUAAACCAGAACCAUGUUCAAGUUUUUUGAGUUAUUAACUAAAGGUACUUACAUGUUAAUUUGUAAUAUUUCUAAAAAAAAAAAAAAAUUAAAGAAAUUUUAAUAAUUAGCUAGUCUUAUAUAUUAUUAGAGAUAGAUACAUUUAUUCAACAACAAUAAAUUUCUAUUCAUAUGAACUGAAAAAUAGUGGACGAAAUUACGUUAUUUUUACGAUUUCCGUUCAAAUUUGAACUUCAAACGCAUAUUAAAAAAAGCUAUUACAUGAAUUUUUUUUUACCAGAUAUAAUGGUCUUGGUGUUAAAUUUUCAAUCAUUUUUGUUUAGUCAAACAGUAUAUCCACAUAAUAAAAGUAUUAAACAUUCAGAAAUGCCAAAUAUCUAUAAAUAAUUUUAAAAUCGCCAGAAUUUUUUGAAAAUUCAAUAAGUAUUAAGGGGCACGUCACACAAUAAUCGUUUUCGACGCGCUAUACAAUUAAAAAUAAAUUAUAUGACGACUUAUGUUUUCGUGUUACUAUUAUGAUAGUUUCAUUUCCUAUUUACUGUUCAGCACACAUAGGUACCAACAUCUUGUAAUUUUUAUAACCGAUAUAAAUUGUAUAAUUCAUUCAAUGGUUCGCCAGUUUUUCUAAGUUAUUUGUGUGGCAGAAGCCGCAAACGAUUAUUUUGAAGUUCAACGCGAACGUAAAUACUGGGUGUCAUUUUGUAUAUUUAUGCCAUAGUAAUGAAUAUUGUAGUAUAUUUAUUGUAUAUUAUAAUGAUAAUAUGAUAAAUAAAUCAAAUCGCUAGCGGGAAAACGUGCCAGUGUGUUAACCAUUCAUUCAAAUCAAUAUGUUUCGAUAGUAAUUUGCGUUUAGGAAAGUGCGCGAUUCGGCGGCGGAAAUGCCUCAUGUUGCGUUGGUUCGCGGUUAAUUGUGGGGUAAACGCACUGUGGCGCGGUUCGCGCCACACAUAGCGGUUAAAACACGGAUUGUGGAACCGCCGCAUUUUUGGAAUUAUCGAAACGGUCAUAAACAGAUGGGCAGUGCUAAACGGUGCCAAUGAUUUGAUCUAUUGUGUAUAAUGUAGACCUUUUUCUGAAAGGAAAUUUUACUCAGGAUAGUACUUUAGGGAGGUUAUUUUUUAAUUUUUCUGGCAGUUUUCCAAAUAAAAGAGAAAAAAAUUUACGAAAAUAAUGCUUUUAUUAUUUGUUCAAUUUUGUUAUUUUUUGUAAUUCAUUUAAAAAUAUUCGCAAAAACUUGAAAUUUGGACAGAAAACUUAUGUUAGUCUUUUCUAGACAUGGUCAAAUUUUUAAAACAUUUGAGCUAUUUUUAGGCUUUUAAUAAAAAAAUUGAAUACUUUUUGUUGAAAUUCAGUUAAACAUAUUCGUUUCGAUUUUAUAAACUUGAAAUUUGGCUGAACAAUUUAUAUUUACCUUUUUUUAGACGUGAUUAAAUUUUCAAAAAAUUUAAGUCAUUUUUGAGCUAUUUAUAGGCAUUUUAAUUUUGCGAGUUUUAUAAGUAAUUUUUAUUCAGUAGAUACUGUGUGAUAAAAUUGUUAGACUAAAUAAAAAUGCUUUAAAAUUGAACAGAGUGUUCAUUUAAAGUCUUUUGAACAUAUGUAUAUUGCCAAUUUACGAAACGAUGCACAGUAGGCAUAUAAUAAGUUCAAAACGGGACAAAAAUUAAUAAUUUAAUUUUCAAAAAAUAAAUAAUCUGUUAUUACACUUUGAUAGUGGGAUAAAUCUAAGUAGUCCAUUGUAUGUUAUCAUAAAAUUAAUGAUUAAUAUACCGGAUAACAAGCCAUAAAUAUACGUUUCUUAAAUUUUGUUUUCUUAUAUCAUUAAUUGUACUCAUAUAUUUCUCAAUAUACAUUUAAACAUUAAACUUUCAAAUAGCAUCAUUGAAUAAAUCGAUUAGUAAGUAAUAGUCAUAAUAAUUUAUUUUUAUUUAAACAUUUUUUUAAAAUACUCUGUUGAAAUAUUCUAUUUUAUAUUAAUGCUAGUUGUUAACGUCAUUGUAGUUUUUCUUAUGUUAUCGAUCUAUUCAAAAUAACUGGUGCACACUGGGAUUUCAAAUUUAACUUAAAUAUGUUAUUACAUUAGUGGGUUGUAUUUAUAAAAAAUUUGUCUGCCUUUAGCUGCUUAUUGGGUAGUUGACAAUAUAUUAAGUAAAUCAUAAUUCACUAAUUAUGUAUCAUUCUCUAAAAUAUAUCAUUAUUAAUAUUAUGCUCGGGAAAAUACACUUACAGUGAAAAUCCCAUAGACUUUAUUUCUGCCGUUUCAGAGAUAAGCUCGGACAAACAGACAGACAAACACUUCAAUGUUAUUUAUAUGUGUAUAGAUUGUAUUUAAAAAAACAAAUGCAAGUAAUAACUAAUAAAUAACUAAUUUUUUAUUUUGAUUUUUAAAUACCUACUUCUAAGACUUAUAUUAACUCAAAUCAAGUGAAAUAUACUAAAACAUAUUUUUAUCCCAUUAUGAACUCAUGCUGGUCCUCUGUGCGAUGGUGAAGUUAGAAUUGUUGUGUGUAUUGCAGUCAUUUUUUUUUUUAACCGUUAAUCGACCAAAUUUUCCGAAAAUCCUUAAAAUUAUUUAAAAACCCAUAUAAGUGAACUUUUCUUGGUAUCAUUUAUGCUUACUUAUACAUGAACCAAAUUACUGUAGUUCUACCUUCUCGGCUUUUUUUUUAUUAUCUUUACCUAUAUAUAUAUAUAUAUUUUUUUUUUUUUUAUUUGUAUAUCAGUUGUGGAUUAGCCGUGUUGUCAAUGGCGGCGCGUCCAAUGUUGACUUGUGAGGGGCUGUUGUACGGUUCGACUAACAUAGCGACGGACGCCGUGAGUGGCACCGAAGACAUAACCAUUAACUUAGCGGCUGUUAAGAACGCGCAACUUCAAAACCAAUUGAAUAAAAAAUGUCAGAUAAACUUCGUGGUGCCCGAUCUGAUAGAUUAUUACGACGUUGCCAUCGACGCCGGAUAUACGAGUUUUGGUGAAAUGUUCAGCGCCCGGGUAAUGGCUCAGCUUGCUGAUUUUUUCCGACCGGGUCAACACUCCAUUGAUCUGGUCAGAGAGGACUGGACAACUCCGCAGACGCCCAGAACGACGCCCCCGCAGACACCUAAAAAAGGACAUUGUUGUAAAACGGAAUCUGACGACUGCGAGGAGAAAAAAACCUAUUCAGGUAAAUCUCUGUUGGAUUCGGAUAAACCUUCGACUUCGGCCCCGGUCAAGUCGUUCAAUCGGACAGUGAACGGUCCGAACCAGUCGAAAAUACAAAUAUUGGAAAACACUAAGAUAACCCACAUCAAAGAAUACUCUUCCAAAGACGCGCACUCACCUUACCAGUGGAAUUUAGAAAGUGGGCGACCGUUACCCGCGUACAUGUACACUCCGAUUAAAUUAGUGCAACGUUUGAUUCGUGGCGAUCUGAUCGCCGUUUGGUAAGUCGAUUUACGCGUUUUCGAUUAAAUAAUAUUAAUCAGUAUGCACCUACCCAAAUUUGAAAUUUUGGUUUGUAGCUUAUGCUUUUUAAAUAAUAUUGUCGGGACCAAAGUGAAAGACGUACAAUAUUGUUUACGAAAGCUACGAUUCGUGAGGUGUAUUUUUUAAAACUAGCCAUAAAAUAGUGAAAUAUCAGAUUUAAAAACAAAAAUAUCAUUAAUCUAGCAAUAAUCAGCUAUUUAUGUAAAAAAUAUCGAAGUAAUUAAAACAAAUGUAACUCAUUUUUAGAUACUAGAAAUAAAUACUAAGUUUGUUUAUUAAUUGUUAAUAACUGUUAUAUCAUUAAACACCUGACAAAUUAAAAACUUUAUUUGUCAUAAUUAUAAUCAAGCCUAGAUUAAAGAGAGGAGAAGGGUGAGCAUUGAAAGACACGUCCUUUGGGACCACGGAUAUAAAAUGGUCAUUGUGUUUUACGUGUUCUGGGAAUUUUUAUUAGUGAGAUAAAUAUUGAUUAAAUCUUUUAGUUUAAUAUGCAACAAAUCAUGUAAAAAUGACUAACUAGUUACUAGUUUAUCAAACGGAUAUUACAAUUAUAAAUUUUCGAUUCAAAAUAAAAAAUACCAGUUUGCUCCCUGGUAACUCGUAUAAAACAAAUACUUACGAAUUGUAAAUUUUACUUUAUCAACAUUUUGUAAUAAACUUACAUAACACAUCAUAUUGUAAUUUGUUUAAUUUUUUUUUUUUUUUUUUUUGGUUUCCUGUAUAGUUUUGAUUGCGAUAAAAACAUGCUGCCAUCUUCUAAAAAUAAAGGAACUACAGCACACUGGGCCCUUUUGUGUGGUGUCAUAAUAGCAAAGAAAACUGGAGAUGUCGAAAGGCCUAAAUAUAGAUACGAUCCAAAUACUAAAAACGUGUUACAAGAUGAUUUGGACCGGGACGUGGAUAAAAUAUGGAUGAUUGGCCGCCACGGUAAAAAUAACGGCCAAUACGUCGUGUGGUCGUUUAGAGAACUAUUGGAAAGUAAUAGGCAACUGUCCACCCCAGCGCCCAAAAUUUUGAACACCAUUCCAGAUGAGUUGAAGGCCCUCUGGUACAAUGAUGAGAGAGAUUUGAAGCCCCUUUUUAUGCGGAACGAGACUCGGUUACAACUCCACAGAUAUUUUGAUGAACCGGCCUAUAAUGACUCUGACGAAGAGUAUCCUAUAUUAUCACCGAAUAAUUCACGGAAUAAUUUGCCUCCACUACCAAAAUCCGAACCAAUGCCUUAUAUGCUAUCAGAUCCGGCACCUCUACCACGACUACCUUUAUUUAGGCACCCAACCAGUGAUGCAAAUAGACGCUCGUUCCUCUUACCAGACGGGCCAAGACUUGAUUUAUGCCUCGCCAACCAAUAUGUAGGAUUCAGACCCCUGUACAAGCCCAAUACCAUAUCGUUCUUCGACCACCCACACAAUACUCAUGUAAGUUAUUUUUGUAUUUAUAUUACUCAUAAUUUCUAUAAGGUUUAGCUAUGCUUGCCUAUGUUCACCUAUGCUUAUUGUAUACUAAUGAAAUAUUUUCUUUUCUGUUUUUAUGUUAUUCUUAUAGCCUCUGAAACCUAUUUUGUUCGAGUUUUGUUUUACUGUUAAAACAAAAUCUUGACAUACGUUGAGGCCGCAAUUGGCCAACGAUAGGGUCGACAAUGACCAGUCCGAUGAUGACUCAUCAAACCAAUUACCCGUCCAAUCUUCCCAUAAAUCAUCCAGCAGUUCAUCUAGAAAUUCAUCCAAAUGUCCACCUAAAAGUUUGUCUCAAAAUUCUUUAUCCAAAAAUUCGUCCAACAAUUCACCCAAAAAUUCUUUCCACAACUCUCCCAACCAUUCUUCCCAAUGUUCAUCCCAUGUUUCACUCAACAAUUCACCUGAAAGAUUCCCAUCUAAUUCAUCAGACAAUUUGUUCCACAUUUCAUCCAACAAUUCACCCGAAAAAUUCUCCCCGAAUGCACCCAAAGAUUUUACUUACCACUCACCUAGCAAUUCGUCCUACAGUUCAUCCCAAAAAUCUUCCCCCGAUUCACGUCGAAAUUAUUCUCACAACUCGCCCAAAAAUUCUUCCCAAUGUUCAUCCCAUGUUUCACCCAAAAAUUCACCUGAAAGAUUCCCUUCUAAUUCACCAGAAAAUUUAUUCCAUAUUUCAUCCAACAAUUCACCGGAAAAAUUCUCCCCGAAUGCACCCAAAGAUUUUACUUACCACUCACCUAGCAAUUCGUCCUGCAGUUCAUCCCAAAAAUCUUCCCCCGAUUCACGUCGAAAUUAUUCUAGCAACUCUCCCGAUAAUUCUUCCCAAUGUUCAUCCCUUGUUUCACCCAACAAUUCCCCUGAAAGAUUCCCUUCCAAUUCACCAGACAAUUUAUCCCCGAAUGCACUUAAAGAUUUUACUUACCACUCACCUAGCAAUUCGUCCUGCAGUUCAUCCCAAANUCUUCCCCCGAUUCACGUCGAAAUUAUUCCCACAACUCGCCCAAAAAUUCUUCCCAAUGUUCAUCCCAUGUUUCACCCAAAAAUUCACCUGAAAGAUUCCCUUCCAAUUUACCAGAAAAUUUGUUCCACAAUUCACCUGAAAAAUUCUCCCCCAAUGCACCCAAAGAUUUUACUUACCACUCACCUAGCAAUUCGUCCAAUAGUUCAUCCCAAAAAUCUUCCUCCGAUUCACGCCGAAAUUAUUCCCACAACAUGCCCAAUAAUUUAUCCCAUGUUUUACCCAACAAUUCACCUGAAAGAUUCCCUUCUAAUUCACCAGAAAAUUUGUUCCACAUUUCAUCCAACAAUUCACCCGAAAAAUUCUCCCCGAAUGCACCCAAAGAUUUUACUUACCACUCACCUAGCAAUUCGUCCUGCAGUUCAUCCCAAAAAUCUUCCCCCGAUUCACGUCGAAAUUAUUCUAGCAACUCUCCCGAUAAUUCUUCCCAAUGUUCAUCCCUUGUUUCACCCAACAAUUCCCCUGAAAGAUUCCCUUCCAAUUCACCAGACAAUUUAUCCCCGAAUGCACUUAAAGAUUUUACUUACCACUCACCUAGCAAUUCGUCCUGCAGUUCAUCCCAAAAAUCUUCCCCCGAAUCACGUCGAAAUUAUUCCCACAACUCGCCCAAAAAUUCUUCCCAAUGUUCAUCCCAUGUUUCACCCAAAAAUUCACCUGAAAGAUUCCCUUCCAAUUUACCAGAAAAUUUGUUCCACAAUUCACCUGAAAAAUUCUCCCCCAAUGCACCCAAAGAUUUUACUUACCACUCACCUAGCAAUUCGUCCUGCAGUUCAUCCCAAAAAUCUUCCCCCAAUUCACGCCGAAAUUAUUCCCACAACUUGCCCAACAAUUCACCCGAAAAAUUCUCCCCUAAUACACCCGAAAAUUUUACUUACCACUCACCAAGCAAUUCGUCUAACAGCUCAUCCCAAUGUUCAUGCAGUACUUCACCCAACAGUUCAUCCAGCAAUUCACCCAACAGUUCUUCCAAUAAUUCACCCGAAAAAUUCUCCCCUAAUACACCCGAAGAUUUUACUUACCACUCCCAAAGCAGUUCAUCCCAUCAUACCCCACUUAAUUCACCCGAAAAAGACUCCCCUGAUUCGCCUGACGAAUUUCCUUACCGCUCACCUAACAAUUCACCCCAUAAUUCCCCACAAAAAUCACCCAUAAAAGACUCUCCCGAUUCACCCGACGAUUUUCCUUACCACUCGCCUAUCAAUUCAUCCCAUAACUCCCCACACAAUUCACCAGAAAAUUCUUCACGUUACUCAUCUAGCAAUUCUUCUCGACAUUUAUCCCAUAAUUCACCUAAAAAUUCUCGACAUAGUUCACCUAACUCAUCCCAAAAAUCAUCCAAUGAUUCUCCUCGUAAUCCGCCUCGAAUUAAGCCAUCCAAAAAGUCUUUGGGUCAUCGUCUGACUUGGUCAGCUGUACAGCAGCAUAAUCGUGAGGAACCACCGGUCAAGCGUUACCGUUUUUUGGAAAUACCAAAACCACAUCAUCAUGACGAAUAA